AAUCGAUUCGCGGACAUCUCCGAUCAUUCCCCUAUUUUCUCAAAUGGUCCACCGCUGCCAUGAUGCUUUCCCAUUUUUCGUGGGUCGUUGGACAGCAGGAUAUCUGAGGAAGAAGAUUGUGCAAGAGCAAGAGCAAAGACAAAGCAAUCAUCAAUUGAAACAGUGGAGAGAGAAUCAUCAAAUUUGAUUACCGUUGACAAAGAAAUGCCACAACGAGGAAGAACCAGGAGGACCUCCAUCAAAAUUUGAUGAAGAAGAUGACUCUGCAGCACUCUUUAAUUGGAAGUUUGCAGAUGGAGAACUCAAAAAAGCAGAGAGGGGGAAAGGAGAGUAGAGAGAGGGAGAAAGGAGAGUAGAGAGAGCAAGAGAGCUGUGCUGGUAGUAACAGACAGAGACGGAUUAAGUAACGGACAAUAAUGAGUGUGACGGAGUGUGUAACGUACAUGGUAAAUGUAUCACCGUCCUUUUGUUUUUUAAAUAAACAGAGAUAGAAUUG